AUGAAAGUACCUGAUGGUUACUCGUCUAACAUCAAAAACUUGGUAAAUGAGGCUGAAUUGAAACUAAUGGGUAUGAAAUCACAUGAUUGUCAUGCGUUAAUGCAACAUCUACUUCCAAUCGCCAUUAGAUUAGUCUUGCCAAAAAAUAUUCGAGAGUGUUUGACACAUGUUUGCAUUUUCUUUAAUAAGUUGUGCAGGAAGGAAUUAGAACUGGAUAAUUUAGAUGCAUUACAUGAAUAUGUAGUCAAAACAUUGUGCAACCUCGAAAAUCUCUGCUCUGAUAAUAUCGACAAUGUUGUGGCACGAGCGUAUCUGUACGAACAUGACGGUCUAAUCAAAGUUUACUGCAAAGACUACGAUGAUUCACAUGCUCGGGUUCUGAUUUCAGAAAUGCUGCAAAAGGAGGUUGAAAUCCCAAUCUCAAUUGAAGGGUGCAGAUAUGUUAAGGCAGUAGCAAACAUGUUCCUUCCUUGGCCUAAAUACCUAAUUGUAACACCCGAGGGUCGACUCGCUCAACCACUUUCAAGACGUGAUGCGUCGAAGGGGAAAGGUCUCAUGCCUUCUCCACAAGGCGGUGAUGAUGAAGAAGAUGAAUUAUUCUCACAAAAAGUCAUGGAUUUGAUUCCUAACUCGCUAAAAUGGAUGGUUGCUGAAUUUCUAAGAAUCAAAGAUAAACGUGAUAUAAUCACAAUUCCUGUGCCCCGACAAUUCAUAGCACCGCGUCUCCAAAUCACGUUAUUUGGAGAGGAUUUGCAGCAAGUUGCAUUGUGUGACUUUAUCGGCAACCAGGGAAUGUUGUACAUCUGGGAGAGCAUAAAAGAUUUGAGAAUAAUUUUCAAGUUUUACGACCUAGAGCUUCUCGCAGUGAAUGAUAUCAACGAUGAAGAGAAGAGUCAAUCUUUUGAUAAUGCGCUACUAUAUGACAUUCACUUUUUGGAAGCUCCUUUUACCCACACUGAAAUUGAGAAAGCUUUCCACCAGCUCCCCCUUGAUAAAGCCCCUGGUAUCGACGGCUUCAACUCCCAGUUCUAUAAGGAUAAUUGGUCUUUUCUCAGAAAUGAUGUCAUUAAUGCUGCUCUCAGCUUUCUCAAUGGUGAUGGGGAUAUAGCACCCCUAAACACCACCCUCAUCACCCUCAUCCCUAAGGUUAAAAAUCCCACUGUCCUCACGGAAUACAGACCCAUCAGCCUUUGCAGCAUUGUUUACAAGAUCAUUUCAAAAUCCAUUGCCAAUAAACUCAAGUUGGUUCUUAACAACCUAAUCUCCCCCAAUCAAAGUGCUUUUCUACCUGGCCGCCUCAUCUCUGAUAAUAUUAUUAUAGCCCAGGAGGUUGCUCACUCCAUAAAGCUUAGGACUCAUGGGAGAAAAGGUUGGAUGGCCGUUAAGCUCGAUAUGGCAAAAGCUUUCGACAGAGUGGAAUGGGCUUUCAUAGCCGCGAUCCUUAAUAAAUUUCUGUUUCCCCAGCGGCUCAUCAAUUUGAUCUUGGCUUGUCUAUCCACAGCCACCUUCCAAUUCAAUUUUAACGGGCAAGUGGCCGGCAAUGUUGUUCCGACCAGGGGCAUUAGGCAAGGCGACCCCCUCUCCCCCUAUCUCUUCCUGCUAUGCGCUGAAGGCUUGUCUUCCCUUAUCCAGCAGAAAGAGAGAAAUCGCUCUCUUAUGGGUUACAAAGUCGCUAGACGCGCUCCUGCUGUUUCCCACCUGCUCUUUGCGGAUGAUAGUUUCCUCUUUUGUAAUGCAUCCAUCCAGUCUUGCAAUAUCAUCAAGGAAAUUCUUGAGAUGUAUGAAAGGGCUUCGGGGCAAAAGGUUAACUUUCAGAAAUCCUCCCUUUAUUUCUCCCCGAAUGUUGAGCUUCGGGAUCAAACGUUAAUCUCAGACUUCUUGCAAAUUCCUAUUCGCUCUUCUUUUGAAAAUUACCUGGGUCUUCCCCAGCACAUUGGAAGAUCGAAGAAGCAAAUGUUCCACUACCUGGAUGACAAAGUCUGGGCCCAUCUGCAUAACUGGAAGAACAAGGUUUUCUCCAAAGGGGGAAAAGUGAUCCUUCUCAAGUCUGUGAUUCAGGCAAUUCCCACCUAUACCAUGGCCUGCUUUCGCAUCCCUUCGGCCACCUGCCAUUCUUUGGAGUCGAUCAUGGCAAAUUUCUGGUGGGGUUUCAAUGACAAUAAUCGGCCUAAAAUUCACUGGCAAAGUUGGCAAAAGCUGUGUAAGUCCAAAAAGGAUGGCGGAUUGGGUUUCCGCUCCCUGAUUCACUUCAACCAGGCCCUUCUUGCUAAGCAAGCUUGGCGCAUCUUCAAGCAACCAAACUCAUUAGUCUCUAAAAUCCUGGAGGCCAGAUAUUACCCAAACUCCUCCUUCCUUAAUAGUGCGUUAGGACACUCGCCUUCUUUUGUCUGGCGUAGUAUUUGUUGGGGAAGAGAGUUGCUGCAGAAAGGUCUUAUUUCAAAGAUCGCCAAUGGGCAGAGUACUUCCACUACAGGAACUCACUGGAUCCCGGGAUUCAGACAGCAUACCACUUUUGAUACAGCUCCUCCUACGGUUGCUGCUUUUAUCACCCCAACCAUGACCUGGAACAUUGCCCUGUUAGAGAGAUAUUAUCCUCCCCAUGUCAUCGACGCGAUCCUCUCUAUCCCUCUUCCGCUCCAGCCUUCGAAUGAUGAGUUGAUUUGGGAGCUAUCAAGCUCUGGCAUCUACACAGUCAAAACCGGUUACCACCUUAGCUUCUCUUCUUUUACGCCUCCUGACAUUCCCUCAUCCUCCUCCCCCUCGCCUUGGUGGAAAAACUUAUGGCACCUAAAAAUCCCCCCCAAGGUAAAACAUUUUGCCUUUCGAGCUACCAACUCAACCCUCCCUACCCUCAAAAGCCUAGCAUCUAGGAAAAUUAUCCCAUCCUCGGUUUGUGAACGGUGUGGAAACAUGGAGGAAUCGUGUCUCAUGCCCUGUUCUACUGCAAUAGUGUUCGAAGAGAAUAAAGCUCGGAAAGAUCAGGCGCAAGACAAAACCCAUGCCAUUCUGACUCUGGCGCGCAAUUUCCUGGACGACUACAAUCUCCCAUCAUCAGGGCAAUCUUCCAGAACCCCACCCAGCAGACUCUCUCAUCCUACCCCGUGGACUCUUCCAGCGCAAGGAUGUCUCAAGCUCAAUGUGGAUGCGUCAACAACAAAGGAUCGCUUGAAAGCAGGUUUUGGCGGUGUGAUCAGAAAUAGUGAAGGCCUUGUUGUAGCUGCUUUGGCCUCUCCUUAUCUAGGAGGCGGGACCGUAGCUUCUCUUGAAGCAAAAUCUCUUCUUCGAAUGUUGCAAUGGUGCAUUGAGGAGCAUUUCCAUGUGCAUGAGAUCGAGACAGAUUGCAAGACAAUUACAGAUGCGCUAAGCUCUUCCUGUGAAAACAUCUCCGCUUUUGGAGACACUCUGAAGCAAAUUAAAGACGCUUUAUCUCUUCUCCCUGCUGCCCAAGUUUCCCAUGUUCCUCGGUCUGCAAAUACUUUUGCUGACAAACUUGCUCACUGGGCUGCCGGGUUAGAUGAAGCUGCAAUUUGGAUUGGCGAUGACCCCUGUGAUCUUCGAGUUUUUCUUUCUCUUUAG